GAGGCCGUUGAAAACGGCAUUCUAACAGUCUGCAAUCAGUGGAUCUUUUGGUUCUUUCUGCUGGGCCUAGCCUUCUGUCUAACAGUCCAACUCAACUUCCUAAAUCGUGCCUUGGACAUCUUCAACACGAGCGUCGUCACACCGCUGCUCUACGUCUUUUUCACUGCAUUUGUUCUAAUUGCCUCAGCCAUCCUCUUCAAGGAGGGCAGCUCCCUCACAGUGCUGGACUGCAUCGGAAACAUUGUGGGCUUGACCUGCAUCGUCAGUGGCAUAGUCCUACUGACCCUCUUUAAGGUGAGUUUUUCCGACGGUCUACUUGCCUUGCAUGUUUUUGAGCACUGA